AUGGAUCCUCCUGGACAUACUGUGUUCUUGCAUUUGCAAGAACUCAAUCGAUCUGAAUUGCAAGCGCAAGCCAAACUUUAUGGAAUCAAGGCCAAUCAAAAGAGUGAAGUGUUGCGACAACAAUUGCAAGAAAUCCUGGCUGCGAGAGGUAACGUGAAUUCUCCAGCACCAUCCGUGGCAGUGUUGGAGGAAGCAGAAGAGGAAGAAGCAAGGGACGACGAAGAUGCCCAAAAGAAGGACGAUGAGGAGCAGGAGGAGAACGAAGAGAACGAGCCGGUUGACGUGAAGGAAGAUACGGAAGAAGAAGCAAUGGCGCCCACAGUCGAAGAGAAAGGCGAAGACGAAGAAGAAGUGGAGCAGCCUACCAAUACUACCAUCGAGGAGGCAGAUGAGAAGAAAGAGGAAGCCCGAGUCGAUGACGACGUGGUUGCCAUGAAGACAGAAGAUGUGGAAGAAGCCGUGGCUCCCACAGUCGAAGAGGAAGAAGAACUUUUGGAGCAGCCUACUAGCAGCACAGACAUCGAGGUAAACGAGAACGAAGACCAAAUCGAAGUGGCGGUAGCCCAACAAGAAAAGGACCACGAAGAAUCGACUACCGUCAACGAGAUGGAAUCCAAACACGGAUCAUCAGCUUGGGUGGAAGCAGAAGAUGACAAAGAAGAAGAGGAAGAAGAAAAUACAGUCGAGGACGCAAAAAAAGAAUUGCCUCAAUCUGACAAUGUCGAGCAGGAAGAAACGGAAAAUGAGGAGUCAAAUGCUGCCCCUCCAUUGCUAGUGAUUGUGGAUCUUGGCAGUGACGAAAUGGCAGACUUGGCCGAUGAAUCCAUUGUAUCACCAACCGCUGCCGCAAAGGAAAUGUUCCGUAGCAAGAUUCCAAGUGGUCCUUCAUCGUCGUCGGGUAGAAGAAAGGCCUUGGAAGAACGAUCCAUUAAUGCUACGAGCAAGAACUAUACCAGCAAACUUGGAAGACCCACCACCUUGAAAAAUGUCUCCAUGAUAAUUCGCAACAAGAACUCGCCCAUGCGUCGUCCAUCCAGCAAGAUUCCACGAAAACCUAUCCUAGAAACCAAAACUUGUCCUCGUCCCCAAGCAAUGCCACUCAGUCGACGAAAUGAGAUGCAACUCCAAAAGUUUGUCGAGCGUCAAAAUCGUGGACGCAAGAACCGCGAAGAAAAACUCAAACGUGCCGAGUUUGCCAACUUGGUCCGAUCUCCAGGCAAGGCAUAA